AUGUCACUGCUAUCACCUGCAGUCAACCACUGGACUACGCUACUCAAUUUCAUAAUACAAACAUAUUUUAUUGACUCGCAUGCUACCUGUAUCCUGUGGCAUCACGAUUUCCCAUUUGAAUUGCAAACACCAGCCAAUGGCGAAUUCAUACAGUACAUAAAUAUUUGGCCUGACAAUUUGUCGCAAUCCUUGCAGCAGGACAUUUACAAUUUUACAGCUUUUGCCGAAACGCAACUGGCCUACGGCAUGCAGCCCGAUGCGUUGGUGCAGAAAUUGACUAUAGCUAUCAGAGAAUCCCACUGUGAGACUUUCGUGGCCUUUCAGGAGGACAUACCGAGCUUUGCGCGUAGCUUUUACAAUGCCAGCAGAAUAUCAGUUUGGCGUUCGUUGCGUAAUAAAUUUCUAUUUGCGUACCGUAAGGACCUGCAACAGGAUACGACACCAUACUUCGAUGAUUUUCUUUUCAUAGAUCAACCAAAUGUUUUAAUAGUCGAAGCCGAGUGCGGCAAUUGCUCGACGUUUGCAUUGAAAACUAAUAAAUUCAUUGGACCUCUAGCUGAGCAUCCGGAGCAACUGUAUGUAUUGGAUCGAUAUAAUGGUGUGGAGGGUAAAUUUGAGUUGGGCGUUGAUUUGUACAUGGACAAGGUUCAAAACUUGCAAGGACGCGAAGUGACAGUCGGAAUUUUCGAUUAUCGUCCAUUUACAGUGAAAGAUUAUAAUCUUCAGCCACAGAUCAAAGACCACGCUCCGGAAAAUCUUCGCGGCAUGGUACAUAUUGAUGGCACUGAAGUACGAAUGUUGCUCGCGCUCUGUGAAGUGGUUAACUGUACAGUAAAUGCCGAUACAUCCGAAGAUGAUUGGGGCACAUCUUAUGCAAAUCUGACGGCGGAUGGUGUUUUCGGUUUGGUAACUUCCAGAAAAGCGCAAUACGUUGUUGGUGCUUUAUACUUUUGGCCCGAUGAUUAUCGCUAUUUGGAUAUGUCCUUAUUUAUUGGUCGUUCGGGCGUCACUUGCCUGGUACCGUCGCCACAUCGUCUCACCAGCUGGUUACUACCGCUACGUCCCUUUCAACUCACACUCUGGCUGGGCGUAUUUGCCUGUCUGGGCGUUGAGGCGUUGGCGCUCUUUUUCACACGCCAUCUAGCGCCAUCCGAUACUGAACCACAAUAUGGUUUAAUGGAGAGUUUUCAAUUUGGUUACAUAAUGACACUAAAGCUAUUCGUAUCACAAGGUUCAGAUUAUGUGGUGAAUUCACAUACGGUACGCAUGGUGCUCUUCGCUUGCUACAUGAUGGACACGAUUGUGACGAGUGUCUAUGGUGGUGGUCUGUCGGCGAUAUUGACCCUGCCGACAUUGGAGGAAGCCUCGGAUUCUGUGGAGCGUUUAUAUAGGCAUGGCAUACCGUGGACCGCCACAUCACCUGAUUGGGUUAUUUCACUGAAAGGCGCUGAUGAUGAUCCGAUGGUGGAAAAGCUUUUGCAAAAAUACCAUGUUUACACAUACGAGCAACUAACGGAAUUUGCGAAGACGGAGAAUAUGGGCUUCAUUUUGGAGCGAUUGGCAUUCGGUCAUUUUGGCAACGUUGACUUUCUCACAGAUGAAUCCUUUAAACGCCUCAAGCUAAUGAUUGACGAUAUUUAUUAUCAAUAUUGCUUUGCCUUCGUGCCACGCCUAUGGGCUUUGCUGCCCAAAUUGAAUGAUGUGAUUAUGCGAGUGCACUCAACCGGCUUGGAUAUAUUCUGGGAGUGGGAAGUUGCUGCCACCUACAUGGAUGGCCAACAGCAGGAAGAGAUACAGGCAUCUAUGUAUAUGGAUUUCGAUGUGGGUCCAGUUAAAUUGGAUAUGGGAAAUUUCAUCGGCUUGGUAUUGCCGUUAAUAAUUGGCGUUGUAUUCAGUAUCUUCGCUUUUAUUGGCGAGCUGGUCUACUACAAGUAUACGCAGAAGAAAGCACAAGCGGUGAUACAUGUAAACUGAGUUACAUGUGUGAACCAAAGUGUGUAGAAUAAAAAUAUAGAAGAAAAGAUUGAAGAAGUGUAAAAUUAACAGGAAAUAAGUUAAAAAAGCUUUUCACGCACUAAUUGCUGCCCACGAAGUAUUUGAUAGCUGUUUCUUAGUCAGCUUCAUAUGACGCUUAGCAUUACUUUAAGUUUUCGGAAGGUUUGUUAUAUAUUUUUGAUGAUCUAAGAUGACAUUUCGUUGGUUAUUUCUACAUACUUUCAAUUCUCAACUGGUUUAUGACUUUUUUUCAAUAAAGCUUAGUCAAAUAAUUUUUAGUGGAUAUGAAAAUUUAAUAAGCUCCUGAUAAGAAAUAAAUUUCUGGUUUGUAUGCUCUCGAAAUCAUCAGCUCUACUACACCCAACUUUGCACAAUAUGACAACCAUAUAUAGGCAACGAACUAAUGAAGAGUGAAAUGAGUCCAGCCACAUGCACAAGCAACUCUCCUUAAUCUACAUAUAUUCUCACAUAUUCAUAGAAAAGUAAUACAAACAGACGGAACGCUAUACGCACAUCAUAAGCAAAUUUCUAAGCAACACCGCCGCUAAGCUGGCAUGCCGGAUCCUUGAGCGCUUUAUAUGUGCGCUUUUCAGAACCCGCUCAACCGCCGCGCAUCUGUGGUUAAUAUUUUACUUUCCCACCUAAUCAAUAUAAACAUGUUAUGUGAAAGUGGAGGCGAAAAAAAUAUGAAUGCACAUUAGAGCAGCUCCUGCACACAGCGAAAAGCGCUGAUAAAUUUCCACUGAAACGCACAUGGUUAUGUAGGCAUAUACCAUAGUUGUGUGUACGCCAAAACGCUGCUGCAACAUAGAGGCGAAUACCGCGGCGAAAGUACUUUGAGUUGCUGUGGUGGCAACAAAUCGAAAACUUCAGCUAUUUCGCGCGCAGCUUUGAGGAGCGUUCAAGCGCAAAUGCACCCGAAAACUUUGAUGCAUUUUUUCAUUUGUAUGCAGCGUGGAGUUUAGCAGAUGAAUGAUGUUUUCGUGCUUAUCUCUAAUAUUUUUUUGGGGGAAAAAGUUGCCUAACACUUUCGGUAAACACUAUUAUUAAUUUAAACAUAUUUUGUAUGAGAUGUGAGAGAUAAUCAUAUUUAAGUGGUUUAUAUUAAGUUAAAGACCGUGUGUUGGCUAUCAUAGUUCAACAUUUCAGAAGACUGAAAUGUUCAGCACACUACGAGUACUUUUGAGUUACCUUAUAGUUUCACAAAUCAAUACGUGGGCCUGUAGUGGCACAUCACAACUCCAAAGACCGUCAAUAGUUGCUAUAAGUAGGUGAAAAGAACAACAACAGUAUCAUGUAUAUGAGAAUCUGAGGAUGUUCAUAAAACUUUUAAGAGCUAAAUUUUUGUUUCCUAAAGAAUUUUUUGAUAAACUCAAUGAAAAUUUGGAAGACAAAGCAGCUUUUACGGAAAAAAUUUUACAAUAUUCCCCAAUAAUUUCCAUAAAGUGUAAUUUCGUUCCAAGGGAGAGACGUUGACGAUUCUGCGAAAAAUAUACUAGGAGUGUUUUCACGCUUAAUAUUACAAAUGAGAGAAAAACGGUAUCUGGAUCUAUCUAAGACAACUUUCACAGAGAGUGAUCCCACUCAAUAUAUUAAAAAUGAGUGAAAACAGUAUCAGGAUCUUUCUAAGAACACUUUCACUGAGAGUAAUCCUACCCAGAAUAUUAAAAAUUAGAGAAAAACUGUGUCUGGAUCUUGCUAGGUACAUUUUUACUGAGACUGAUGCCACCAACAAUAUAAAAAAUUAGACAAAAACAAUAUCAGGAUCUUUCUGGGAACAUUUUCACUGAGAGUGAUCCAAUCCACAAUAUUAAAAAAAUAGAAAAACAAUAUCUGGAUCUUUCUUAGAACACUUUCAUUGAGAGUUAUCCCACCCACAACAUUAAAAGCGAAAGAAAAAUUACCAAGUGGAGCUUCCAUACUUCAAUGGAAUAAGAAAAAAUGACUAUUUACCAUUUUUGGCUCACCUUAUGGCAUCGUAUCCAGAAGUAAAAAUAGUAGAGUCACAAAAAAUUGUUUUCUAAUAUUUUAUUUUUACCGAAAUAUGCCAAGUUUCUUCGUCAUGGGUUAAAUGCCAUUCUUCAAACCACAUAAAGAAAUCUAACCUCAUGUCUGACGAUUUCCUGAGCUCUCCUUAGUAUAUCUCUACUUUUAGCUUAGCGCAGGUUUGUUAAAAAUAUGUGCUCUUUCCACUGAACAAUAUUUGUCAGCGUGGCUCGUUUUAUUACCAAAAUAAAUGCCAAAACUUCAAAUAUUUAACUGAAGAAUAGAGAAUUGAAAUUUAAGCAAUAAUUUUUACUUAAUUUUUUGUCAAAUACUUUCAAUAUUAAUAAAAAAAUCUUUGCAACUAAAGCAGCAAACAUA